AUGGACUCUGCCAGCAACGAGGCCGUUUCGGCAGAGUCAUCAGACCUACCCCGGUCGGCUGGGACGCAGCCAAAGGUCGAGAUUGAGCAUCCACGCCCGUCCAAGUUGUUCCCGGCGGCGAUUCCAUUCCUGCCUGGCCGACUGCAACACUAUCAUCAGCAGCCCCCGCAGCCGCAGAAACAGCCCGAGGAACUGGAGCCGCAUCUUUCACCUUCACCAUCACCAUCUCCUCCUCCUCCUGCUGCUGCUGCUGCUGCCGCUGCUGCCAUGGAGGUCGAGUCACCCGACACACGUAGACCUUUCGCUAACGACGGACGCUCGCCAGGGACCCAGUCAUGUCCGCCGCCGGAGCUGCCGCAACUCGUGGCCGAGCAACAUGCGCCAAUUCCAUCGCAUGACAAGGACACUCAGCGAUUGAUUGUCAUCCUCUCCAAUGCCAGCUUGGAAACCUAUCGAGCUUCUAGUGGGCGUGCGGGGGCCAAGGAUGAGAAAUAUUCUCUCCUGAACAGCGAUGAGCACAUUGGUAUCAUGCGUAAGAUGAACCGAGACAUCAGCGAGGCUCGUCCGGAUAUUACACACCAGUGCCUGCUCACUCUUCUCGAUUCCCCCGUGAACAAAGCUGGUCGCCUCCAAAUCUUCAUCCACACCGCCAAGGGUGUUCUGAUCGAAGUCAACCCCUCCGUUCGGAUCCCGCGUACCUUCAAGCGUUUUGCUGGUCUGAUGGUUCAAUUACUACACCGUCUCUCUAUUCGCUCGACCAACUCGCAAGAGAAGCUGCUCAAGGUCAUCAAGAACCCUAUCACCGACCACCUGCCCCCCAACUGCCGCAAGGUGACCAUGAGUUUCGAUGCGCCCGUCGUCCGUACUCGGGACUAUAUCGAGUCGCUGGGACCCAAUGAGAGCAUUGCCAUCUUUGUGGGUGCCAUGGCCAAGGGUCAUGACGAUUUCGCCGACUCCUUCAAGGAUGACACCAUCUCCAUCAGCAACUACAGUCUCAGUGCCAGUGUGGCUUGCAGCAAGUUCUGCCACGCAGCCGAGGAGGUCUGGGACAUUCUGUGA